CCUUACACACGAUGUGCCCGCCCACUAAAUUGACUCCACCCACCACUAUCUCAAACACAGGGACCUGGAGCACCAAUGAACCACUAGCAGUGUAUUAUGAGACUUCAGCAAGGACUCCAGAGAAUCACUGUCGUGAAUCUACCGGGUCGAACAGCCAUCAUUAAACAGUAAGCUCCAAAAACAGAUUGGACCACAAUCAUAUAUUUAAGCGGGAGUAUUGCAGGGUGGUUCAGCUUGCUGCUUUAAUUACAAGAAGGAGAGGGGAGAGAUGACCGCGGUUCUGGAUAGCCUUGGUUCGGAUAUGCACACAACACAUCUUACCUCCAGCAACUUCAGCUCCGUGCACAAGUCUCAGGACUCGCCUACACUGCCGGUGUCCACCGUCACAGACAGCAGUUUCUAUAGCGUCCCUCAGAGCGCAAACUGCGCAGGAACGGCGGCUUACGCACAGCUCGCCUCCUACUCGUACUCACAUGGCGGAGGGGUGAGCGGCGGACCCUACAGCCCCAAACCAUACGACAUGGGCUUCGGCUCUUCAUACGGCGCUUAUGGUGCCUACGGACCGGGUUCUUCAUCUCCCACUCCUACAGAGCCAGAGAAAGACGAGAGUGAGCCGGAGGUGCGCAUGGUGAACGGCAAGCCAAAGAAAGUCCGGAAACCGCGAACCAUCUACUCGAGCUUCCAGCUGGCUGCCCUCCAACGCCGCUUCCAGAAGACACAGUACUUGGCGCUACCGGAGCGCGCAGAGCUCGCAGCCUCUCUGGGCCUCACGCAGACUCAGGUGAAGAUCUGGUUUCAGAACCGGCGCUCCAAGUUCAAGAAGUUGUGGAAAAAUGGGGAGAUUCCGCCUGAGCAACACGUGGGUUCAGGUGACUCUCCUCCGGCGUCUCCUCCCCCGCACACCGCCUGGGAUUUCCCACCGAAUCAACAAGCUGCAGGAGACGGGGACUCUAACACAGAACAGGCCACAGGUCCCCCUAACACCACUGCACCAUCAUAUUUGUCCAACUACCCUUGGUACACAUCCACGAACGCGCAUUUACAGCCAAGCGCGCUCUCGCAAUCCCAUCACAACUCCGCCAUGAGCGCUGGUGCCAUUUUCUAGCCACAAACUCGGGGAUCGGAUGCACCUGUUACAGGACAAUGAACUUGUAGUGCACAUACAAGCACGGAGA